AUGUCCGCUGCAAGCCGGCUCCUGCGAGAGCUGAAGCUCCUCCAACGUGAGCCAGUGCCAGGCGUGUUUGCUUAUCCUCACGAAGAUGAGGUGCACACCCUCUGUUUGGUUUUGCAGCCUCAGCAAGGUCGUCUCAAGGGGUUGCGGCUUCACUUUGACGUCACCUUCCCGAGCGGCUAUCCAUUGAAGCCGCCAGUGGUACGGUCUUCCACUAGAAUUCUCCACAGAAACUUCUUCUCCAGUGGAUGGAUAUGCUGCGACAUUCUCGACCCCGGACUAGCUCAGUACGACGACGGCUACAACGGUGGAUACUCCCCUGCUUAUACGCUAUCCAGCCUUUUUCUGCAGCUAUUGUCUUUCCUCACUGCGGAAGAAGUCGAAAGCGCUCACACGGGCACGAAGCUGGAAACGACUAUUUACGACCAUGGGCAUAUCGAGAAAAUGUCUGCCGAGAAGUUUACAUGUACAAAGUGCGCCUACAAUCAAAGCGGAGGGAUCCUGGUCGUCGAUAAUGAAAAGGAGUGGCGCCAGAACCAAGCGGAUUGGAGCCGGGGACAGGGAGAGUGUGAGAAACGGGGCACGAAAGCGACCCCGAAGCCGCACCAAGAGCGAAAUGAAGAGAUGGUUGGCAAGAGGGUCAUUGUUCCGGACGAAAUGCAUCGGAUCAUUCCUGAUAUAUGGCUGAAAAUCGCGGAUAACCUUUCCGACACCGAGGUGCAUCGAUUGAGCCAAGCCGUACCCACGUUUGGCCAGUUGAUGUAUUCCAUCCAGAUGCGGAAACAGACCGUCUGCUUUGUUACUCGCCAAAGUUUUCAUGAGUGUACUCUCGGAAUCGGCAUCGUGAUCCACGGGCGAAAUAUCUCCUCAACCUACGAUAUUUUGAGCUAUGACACUUUUCAGUCUGGACAUCGCCAAGGUGUUUGGGGUGGUAAAUUCACACAUUUCCUGCCGCUUGCCCUGGAGCCCGGUCAUUUCGAGGGUGCGGUCCCGCUUUUGCUUGACUGCGUCGACAAGAUUGCCGAGCGCCUCCUGUCUCCGUCGGAAACCAUCCGGCUGAACGGACUUGCUCGCAAAAACCCUGGUGGGACAGGGGUGUCAAGGAGUCCUGCCGGCACGCCUUUACUGCAGGCUCGCAAUCCACACACCGCAUCCCUUGUUCUUCGUAAGAUGUUGAACCAGAUAUUAGUCAAAUUGAUGAAAGACUGCGAUGCUUGGGAAGAAUCGAAGAAACUGGCUCAAGCCGGGAUGCUAUUCCGUACGGUUAUCCACGCUUCUGAGCAGAUGAUGAACGGGUACUUCCAUAUCAUUCACUUGCUUCUCUCGCUCGCUCACCAUUUCCCGGAGCUCAAAGGCGCGGCAGAGGCCAGCCUCCUUCAAUUCAAAACUGAUGAGAAUGCGCGAACGAAACAUGAGACACCCGACCUAGGCGAGUUCGUAGCUCAACUUUACAUGAGUGCAGACCACUCCUGGAAAGACGUUUUCGAGAAGUAUUUUACGGAAAUGCGAGCUCGGAAUGUAUUUUGGUGCCUCGACCCGGAUCGAGGAAAGGGGAAGGGAUAUCUUGCUUACCUUGAGGAACAAGAGCUGAACACCCUUCGAAUGGAAGACACUUUCGAAUCGAGCAAGACGGCUUUGCGGAUGCUGAUGUUCCAGAAUGUGUUCGUCAGCAAUCUCGGCAACUUCUUCCUGGACGACCACAGUAACACAGACUGCUACUCGCCAUCGACAAUGCGGUAUAUUCUCCAGAAUACGUAUGGAUACCCUGCAGCUGGAGUCGCCGCGAGACUUGUUGACAACAUCAAGCAGAUUUACCGCGUUCGAACAUGGUCAGAACUGUAUGGAUAUUUGGAAAUGGGGGACGUUCCGACAGAUGGGGAGAUUUGCGGGAUGUUGAGAGCUGCAGUCAGGGAAUCCGCACGCAAAAGGUAUCAUCACUGUCACCUAAACAAAGAUGAGCUACUGGUUUGGCGGAGUAUGGUGGAUAAGAAAAUUCCCAAGGAGGAGCGACGGAAAGUCAACAAACAGAAUGUGAGGCAUUCUGUUAGUGACAUGAAGAUGAUGACUUUUACUGGUCAGCGGAGAGGAGACGUGAGGAUGGACAGACAACCAGGACGAGGUUAUCAAGACGCAUCGAACGGUGGAGGCUCCUCACGAGCAGUCAACACCAGGAACGGCCGACGGGGUUGA